UUCAGAUUUCUCAAAUUCUUAAAUAUGAACAAGAGCUGUUGAAAGGAACAAUUGAUCCAAGUUUGCUUUCUGCUAUUGCACAACUGGUCGUGUCGCCCGGGCCAGAGACAACAGGAGGGAAAUGGCGGCGGCUGACAAUCAUCAUCAUCAUCAUCAUCAUGACGAUUCGUACGUCGGGAUCCCAACCUCUGUUGAGGAGCCAGGGCUUCCGCAGUCCGUCGAUGUCAUCAAGAUGACAGUCGAUAGCGAUCCCGAUCCAUACGUCAACGUCGUAGGUGUCGGCUCCAACACCGUUCUAGGGGUGGGGUCUAUCUAUGGCGGCGUGUCACGGGCAGCAUCGAGUAGCCAGACUGAGUCGGAUUCGUUUCCUGUGUCUCCUGUGCUCUGUAGAUCAUUUUCUGAAGAUUGCACCCAGCCUCUCCUCGAACAACGUCUCCCAAUGUUGCCUUCUUUCUCCAGGAAUGGCGUUAAUGGGGUUAUUAAUGGGGUUAAUGGGGUUAGUAAUGGGGUUAUUAAUGGGGUUAAUGGGGUUAAUGGGGGGGGUGAUUGGGUUAAUGGGGGGGGUGAUUGGGUUACUGAUGUCGACGAGCACACUUUAAGAUGCUGUGCAAGAGGCUUCUUCUUUCGGUACUUGAGGGAGAUGUUCUGCUCCAUGCUUCUGGGCUCCAAGCUGAACGUUUUGCUGCUGUUUCUACCAGUAGCGUUCUACGCCAAUGCCAAGCAAAUGGACAGAGGGUGGAUUUUCGCCUUCUCGUUGCUUCCGCUGGCUCCACUUGCAGAGCGCCUCAGCUUCAUCACCGACCAGAUUGCCUUGUCGACUAAUCCUAUGGUGGGUGGCCUUCUGAAUGCCACUUUCAGCAAUGCCCCCGAGUUAAUCUUGAGCAUCGUUGCCCUGAAGGCCGGGCUCUUUCGUGUCGUGCAGCUGUCGCUACUCGGUUCAGUGCUGGGCAACAUGCUACUUUGUCUGGGAUCUGCAUUCUUUGCCGGCGGAAUCACGCACAAGGAACAGAAAUUCAAUGGAACCGCAUGCAUGACAAACACAGGGUUGUUGAUGCUAGGUGCCUUGAGCACAUUGUUUCCCCAUGUGUUGCACGCAACGCACACGGAAGCGGAGAUGGACGUCUCGGAACUCCAGCUGUCUCGAGUAUGUGCGGUGGUGAUGCUUAUCGGGUACCUCAGCUACAUCACAUUUCAGCUCAUCACCCAUGUCGACCUCUAUAGCGAUGAAGAGGACGGGGAGGAAGCGACCAUUGGUCUGUGGGGCUCUCUUCCCUGGCUGGCGCUGAUCACAGGAUGCAUAUCUGUCCUGUCGGACCUCCUGGUGGACACAAUGGAGGCGGCGGCGAAGUCGUGGGGAGUUCCGGCUGCAUACUUGUGCGUAAUUCUCUUGCCGAUCUUCAAUAAUGUGGCAGAACAUGGGUCUGCUGUACUGUUUGGGGUGAAGAACAAGCUCGACUUGGCGCUUGGAAUCGCGGUUGGCUCGUCGAUUCAGAUCUGGAUGUUCUUGAUGCCGUUGUGUGUUGUGGCGGGUUGGAUCUGCGGAGAUGGUUCUUCGAUGGAAAUACGACUUGGCUUGCAGAAUCUGAUGCGCAUGCCGGAUAUUCCAGAAGCUUCUCGAGAGGAUUGAUCACUCACAGAGAGAAUGUGGUGACUUGCUGGCAUAUAUCAACAGAUUCAACAGCCUUUUAUGAGAUCAAGAGUCUCAGAGCAGUGGGCCUCAAGGUAUCCUAGAAAGCCAGCCUUAGGAGAGAGAGGAAGUAAGUUCCCCUCAGCACAAGGUUGCAUGCCGCGUGCCCGAGUGCAUUGCGCUACUAACUUACUAAGCAAUUGCCGCAAAAUUUACGUGAACGGUGCCUUUUUAAAACUUUAAGGCAGAGUAAUGGGAGCUCUGAGGCUGUCAAUGCCAACAAAGUUAACACAGAUGU